UUGUCCUCUUUGAUCCAUUAGUGAUACAAUGUGAAUACGAAUGAAACGGCAAUAUUGACACAGUAACGUAUCAGCUGUGUCACGUUAUGCCAAGAGUUGUGCCAUCUUCUGAGAUUCCUGUUUGGUUACGUCUCAUUGAAACAAUGAAGACGAAAAGUUUCAUUGUUCUUCUCGUGUGCAUUCUGGGGACCAGUAUGCUCCUUAUAGCUUUCGGUAAUCAACGACCAACGAUCCAAACUAUUGUUCACGAGACCAAUAAGCAGCUGAGCCGAUUAAAUUUGCGCAAGGAGAAUCUAUUAGUUUUCCAACCUUCAAUCGACACAGUUGCGUUGGAAUCGCUUGGGUUCGUGAAAAAUCCUCGGCUCUAUCCGGAGCACAAGUGGACAAACAUAACGCUUCCUCCGAUUGUAUCAGCUGUGAAGCAAGGAGACGAGUUGAAUAUCGCCACCGGAUUCGUCAAAAACGCAAGAUUCCAUGCCCAGAAACAUACCAUUAUUGUAUACGACCUGGGGAUGAGAAAAUAUGAUGCUGAGACGCUUUCCUCGUUGUGCAAUUGCAGCAUUCCGCAAGCGUAUUGCUGCCUACGACCCUUCGACUACAGUAGAUAUCCUGCUCAUGUGUCGACAAUGAAAUUCAAGGCUUAUAGACCCUUAAUUAUUCAGGAAGUUUUGAACGAAAUUGGGGCAGCAUUGUGGCUCGAUAUCGAUUACCGUUUUGUGUCGAAGAAUAUGGAGCCUUUGGUGGAGCGUGCGAAAACGCAAGGAGUUUUAACGUGGUCUGCUGUAGAGCCCACUUCAAUGCUUACUCACCCGAAGAUGUUCUCCUUUUUCCGGACUGUUGCUCAAAAAUUUUACUUCCACCACAUGGUUGGAGCUGAACACGCCAUUUUCUUCAAUACAAAGCUAAUUCACGAGAAGAUCAUGCUUCCGUGGGUCCAGUGUGCGCUGAAGUCGGAAUGCAUUUCUCCGAUCGGUGCCCAAGAGAAGGGCUGCAGUUUCGACAAGAAACCCCUUUUUCGGUAUUCAGGUUGCCAUCGGUAUGAUUCCAGUGCGUUGACUAUUGUCCUGGGUUUGACUUUCCCGGAUUCGUCGAAUUAUACGGCUUCUGAUUACACGUUCUUCCGUCGGCUGGGUGAAGAUUGGGAUUAUGUGGAUGCUGAUUCAACCAAGUUCAAUGGUUCGCAUGGCACGGAUAUCAGGCGACGAUGAUGCGGUAUUUUUUAUGUAUUUGCAGAAGCACAUGUUUCAGGGUUAUUGCUGAGAGUUUUUGGCUAUCCUUGAUGAAACUCAGCUCUACUGUUGUGAAGUAAUCCAAAUAAUUCCGAAUUUCUCGGGAUCCCCUUCAUUGUGGUCCUCAAGUUUUAUUUUCAGAGGCAGUAUCACAUCUCUGUAAAUAAUUCUGAAUCGGAAGUGUCGGUUGAACGUAGGAUAAAUGCUGCAUCCUUGUUCGUAUUCAUCAGCUGUUCACAUCAUGACAUCUGUAUCACUGUUCGAAGGUUUUUUUUUCCUUCAAUCCGGAUAGAAAAUAAGCGAUUUUUUUAGAAAAUUUCCUGUAGGAGUUUUAAUGGAAGUGACGCUCUCCCACUAAAUUUGAACCAUUCAAUUUAACUGGUAUAGAUUGAUGGAAUAGGAGAUUUUAGAUACACUGAAUUCUCUUUGUUCUUUUGCUAUUCUAAUGCGAAGAUAGCAGAAAUCCUACACACACGCAUCAAAGGCAUUCUUGAAAUUUUCUUAAAUUUUUCUAGGGAAUCGGCAAUGAAAAACCAUAACUACCACAUUUACUCAAGUACCACGCGCACCUUUUUUUUUCAAAAUCGAUGGGAAAAAGAAGGGUACGUAUCAUAGGCGGGUAUGAAAUUUUCAAACAAGAAUUUGAAGUUUCAUUGCUUGUCAUACUCGAUUUUAAUGGAAAAUUUGGAAUGAUUGUAACAUAUAAAUUGUUUCCCAAUGGAAAAAAUUUAAAAUUGAUCAAAUUCAGGCUUGAUUCAUGUCUUUACUCGAAUUCUGCUGCGUUUUAUUUUUAAUAUUGCCGUUUUUCAGCCAAUAAAAAGGCUGUGAGUGUCUUACUUGAGCAUCGGAUUCCAUCAAAAUUUAUGCUGACGAAUUUGGGGGCAUGUUUUUCUUGAGGAUUUGUGGUACUUGACCAAAUGUGGUACUUGUGCUAUUGUGUCAGAUGUUUCCUGUGAAGGAAGUUUAAAAACAAAUUAUGUUUGAAUCUCUUUUAAAUUUUAAAUUCAGUGCAACUUUUAGCUGCUCUACUAUGAUUAAGUAAAGAGGAGACAUAAAUUGAAUGAUUAUGUACACUAACAAAUGCAGAAUAUAGGGAGACAAGUCCAACAUUUUGACUAGUGCAGAAAAAUACUUGGCGAGGCAAUUAUCUAUCGUGGAGAAGUUUUGUCUGUCAAACUUCCUAAGUAUUAUUGUGUUUUAAAGCAAAUAAAUGCGGUUUCUUUUGCUUUCUGGAUAUCUAACUGAAAACAAUUCUGCUUAAUUUCCUUGCGCGCUUUCAAUUCCUUUUCCGGCUUGCUUGCCUCAUGAUUUCGAACAGUGAUACCGAAGUUAUGAAGUAGAACUCUUGUAUCUUCAUUAAGCGGAGCGUCAUGCUGAACCAGAAACAAAAUUGUCAUUGACUGUUUGAAAGAUCUCACCCAAAUCUACACACCACUUGAAAACUUGACCAAGUUUAAGUCGUCGCAGAGACGCUAGUCACUCGAGUGCGCCGAAUUCGGGCCUGAUGCACGUGUGAUUCCAAGAGCCACGUCAACAUAUGUGAAUGAAUCGUAGGUUGUAAUCGGAGCCCAGUUUUUUAUUUUAGUGCUUCGUGGGUGUAUUGUACCCGGGCAUUUUCCUGCAACACGGUCCAGUCGUAUCUCUCUGGGGGGUUUGUUUGGAUUGAGUGGAAAACCUGUGAUGUUUUGUUAAGAUUUUUUCCGGGACGAACUUUCGUCUCGUGUUUUAAAAUGCACCGAUGGGGGAAUCGA